AAAUCUUUGGUACUCGCGUUCUUCCAUGAAAUAUUUAUUGAAUUUCAUUCAAUAAUCUAGAUGGAAGAAAGUUAUUUUUUAAAUCCACAUGUGCUUGAACGGCAGCGAGUAUAUCCUUCCUAUACUCUCCAGUCUACUACCCUUUCAUGGAUCCAAAAACGUGGGAACGCUACCCUACCGAACUGCACACCCUCUAUAAAGAACCACGAGAGUUUCCCAUCCUCAUCCUAGCUAUUCAUACUCGCAUCAAAACCACCGGGCUGUUUACCGGCGGCUUCGGACGUGCUUUUCCGGUUGUCAUGGACUCACACGUACCAUCCCAUCAAACUGGUUCAUGGACCAACGAGAAGCACGUGCGCUUCUUGAACACCAUGGAGGCCUCGUUUGUGCGUUCAAUGUUUGAGAGCAACGAUCGGAAUGUUCUCCGUCUGGACCGUCACUUACCGGACAGCUCGGAGUCGACCUUAGAUUCGAAGGCACAGAGGAGAGAAAAGCAGUACGGCACCUCCGGCGGGGGAUCCAGAAUAGACAGCCCUAGAGCUGACAAGAGACCAAGGACUAGAGUGUCAUCCCGCCCCUGCAAUCCAUCAAAAGAUCAGAUUUUUGUGUCCCAACAGGUGGUCCCGCAGCUGGAAAGUAAAACAGGUGGUGAUCAAGAUGGGACAUGAGGGAGACCCUUUAAUGUACCGGUGGCACCUGUCAUCUGUGAAAGAUUCUUUCUGUAGUAAAUUUUUUCUUUUCUGCUGUGUUUUUUUUCACCCUUAUCUCUAUGGCUGGAAGGUUUGUGCAUGGGAGCACCAUUUUAGUGCACUUUAAAGGACUGAAUGUGCUGUGCUAGUGGCCAUUUUAGAUAUAGGUGUCACACCCAUUUUGUAUAUUCUUCUGGAUCGUCAAUUUGGUUCAGUGCCACGGUGUGUUUUAGGUUGAAAAAUAGUGUUUUCUUCUUUUUAGUAUUCCUAGUAAAGUUUGCUAUUAACUUGUUCCCUUUAUGACCUUUGCUUUAAAGAUUGUUUAUAUGAGAUAGGUUGCUUAA